CCGGGCGGCGGAGGGGUGCGAUGAGAAGUGACCCUGCUCGCCCCGGUCGCCAGCACGUCAACAGGCGCAGUGACGUCAGAGGCGGUGAUGGCCAGCGGCCGGGCCGCGGUCGCCAGUGGCCGGCCGGACGGCGCUGAUGUGGGCGUGCACUCCGCGGAGGCGACGGAACCACGCCUGUCGCUGCCGCGGCCCGACACCCCGGGCCAGAUGGGGUCACAAGGCCACGCGCCGCCGCCCGACGCCCACGACCCGGAGCAGGCGGAGGUCGACGAGAAGGUCCAGGUCAUGCUAGCCCACUACCUGGGCCAGUGCUGUCGUGAGCAGGUGGACUGCCUUCUGAAGGUGUCACUGGAGCGUCGCGACUUCCGCCGUCUGUCCGCCAUCUUGGGCCAGGUCUCCAUGAAGGAGGGCGCCGGCGGUGCCUCGCAGACGGUUCAUCGGGCGCGCGUGCACGCCGCCUUCCAACGCGGCGACUUCAAGCAGGUGUACCAGGUGCUGGAGAGCCAGCCGUUCGACGCCAAGUACCACAGCGAGCUGCAGCACCUGUGGUACCAGUCGCGCUACGCCGAGCAGCGCCGACUUCGGAACAAGCCGCUGGGAGCGGUUGACCACUACCGGAUCCGGAAAAAGUACCCGCUACCAAGAACAAUUUGGGAUGGAGAAGAAUUGGUGUACUGCUUCAAGGAGAGGGAUAGGAAAAUGCUGCGGGACUUCUACACGAUGAACCGCUACCCGACGCCGGCGGAGAAGAGGGAGCUGGCCCAGCAGACGAAGCUCAGCACCACCCAGGUCUCCAACUGGUUCAAGAACCGGCGGCAGCGUGACAAGACGCAGAGCAGGGAGCACCCCCAGAACAUGACCCCUAUCAAGAGCAGCGAGCCGAGCCUGUUCGGAGCGCUGGAGCGGGCCGGCGCCGACCCUGCCGGCUGCGGCGUGGCUGCCUUCGCGCCCUGGGGCUACCUGCCGCCGCCGCCGCCGGAUGUGGUGGCCCCAGCAGUGGCCAUUCGUCCGGCGCCUGGCAUCAAGGAUGGAGGAUUCGAACUUGCAGUAUGCAUCUACAUCUUUUGA